AUGCAAAGAUUUCAGCUCAAGCAUGACUCGUUGCAUGGUGAAGCUGCAUCAGCAGACGUGGAUGCUGCAGAAAAAUAUCCAGAGCGCUUCAAAAAGCUAAUCAGCGACAAAGGCUACUGUCCACAACAGGUCUUCAAUAUGGACGAGACUGGCCUCUUCUGGAAGAGGAUGCCGUCAAGUACAUUUAUUAUGAAAGAUGAAGCCAGAGCCUCAGGUUUCAAGGCACACAAGGAUAGGGUAUAUAGUAUGUACGUAGUUCAGUGCACAGCUGCAUUACAUAAUUCAGCUCAGUCUUCUGAUCACCACUCAUAUGAUUAA